AUGGAGGCGUUCGGUGGGUUCUACGUGGACGAGAAGGCGGCGCGGGUGGAGAACAUCUUCCUCGAGUUCCUGAAGCGAUUCAAGGAGUCGGAUGGCGCGGGGGAGCCGUUCUACGAGGCGGAGAUGGAGGCGAUGCGGUCGCGGGAGACCACUACCAUGUACGUAGACUUUGCGCACGUCAUGCGCUUCAACGACGUCCUCCAGAAGGCCAUCUCCGAGGAGUAUCUCAGGUUUGAACCAUGCUUAAGGAAUGCAUGCAAGAGGUUUGUGUUGGAGCACCGGGCUGGCGAGAACCGUGCCCCAAUCAUCUCAGAUGAUAGUCCCAACAAGGAUAUCAACAUUGCCUUCUAUAACAUCCCGAUGCUGAAAAAACUGAGAGAGCUUGGGACAGCUGAAAUUGGUAAGCUCACAGCAGUAAUGGGUGUAGUGACACGGACAAGUGAAGUGCGGCCUGAACUAUUGCAAGGCACCUUCAAAUGCCUUGACUGUGGGAAUGUUGUAAAGAAUGUGGAGCAGCAGUUCAAGUACACCGAGCCGAUAAUAUGCGUUAACGCAACAUGCCAGAACCGAACAAAAUGGGCCCUUCUCCGCCAGGAAAGCAAAUUCACAGAUUGGCAGCGGGUCAGAAUGCAGGAGACAUCAAAAGAGAUACCUGCUGGGUCACUUCCUCGUUCCCUUGAUGUCAUUCUGCGGCAUGAGAUUGUUGAGAAGGCUAGAGCUGGGGACACGGUUAUAUUUACUGGAACUGUUGUUGCAGUUCCUGAUGUUAUGGCUCUAACUUCACCUGGCGAACGAGCAGAGUGUCGCAGGGAAGCUCCUCAGCGAAAAAAUGGAGGUGUUCAAGAAGGUGUAAAGGGCUUGAAGUCCCUUGGAGUUAGGGAUCUCUCUUAUCGCCUCGCUUUUGUAGCAAAUUCAGUGCAGGUCGCAGAUGGCAGGAGAGAAGUGGACAUCAGGAAUCAGGACACAGAUGGUGAUGACAGUGAGAGACAGAAAUUCACAGAAGAAGAGGAAGAUGAGGUUGUUAGGAUGAGGAACACUCCUGAUUUCUUUAAUAAGAUAGUUGAUAGCAUAUGUCCUACCGUCUUUGGUCAUCAAGAAAUUAAGAGGGCAGUGCUUCUUAUGCUUUUGGGUGGUGUUCAUAAGAUAACACAUGAAGGGAUCAACCUUAGAGGUGACAUCAAUGUCUGUAUUGUUGGCGACCCAAGCUGUGCAAAGUCUCAGUUUCUAAAGUAUACUGCUGAUAUUGUUCCAAGAUCUGUUUACACAUCAGGGAAAUCAUCAUCUGCUGCUGGUCUGACAGCAACUGUAGCUAAAGAACCAGAGACUGGCGAAUUCUGUAUUGAGGCUGGUGCCCUGAUGUUAGCUGAUAAUGGCAUUUGUUGUAUCGAUGAAUUUGAUAAAAUGGACAUUAAGGAUCAGGUCGCUAUACAUGAAGCAAUGGAACAGCAAACAAUUAGCAUAACCAAAGCAGGAAUACAGGCAACUUUGAAUGCACGAACAUCAAUUUUAGCUGCAGCAAAUCCGACCGGAGGACGUUAUGACAAAUCAAAACCACUUAAGUACAAUGUGGCAUUGCCCCCAGCUAUUCUUUCAAGAUUUGAUCUGGUCUACAUCAUGAUUGAUGAACCUGAUGAAAACACUGACUACCACAUUGCUCAUCACAUUGUAAGAGUCCAUCAGAAACGUGAAGAGGCACUUGCCCCUGCAUUUAGCACCGCACAACUGAAGCGUUAUAUUUCUUUUGCAAAGUCUUUGAAACCUCAGCUGAGUUCAGAAGCAAAGAAAGUUCUGGUGGAGUCGUAUGUUACCCUUCGUAGAGGGGACAGUACUCCUGGAACUAGGGUUGCUUACAGGAUGACAGUUCGGCAAUUGGAAGCAUUGAUUCGGCUGUCCGAAGCUAUUGCUCGAAGCCAUUUAGAAAGAGUUGUUUUCCCAGCUCAUGUUCGCCUGGCAGUUAAAUUGCUCAAGACAUCCAUCAUCAGUGUUGAAUCAAGUGAAGUUGAUCUCUCUGACUUCCAAGAUGCUGAAGAUGGAACAAAUGUACCUUCUGAGAAUGAUGCUGGACAGCCAGCUGAAGAAGAUGCUGCUCCUCAGCAGCAGGGUGCAGAAAAUGACCAAGCAGUGGAUAACGGUAAGAAGAAAUUGGUAAUAACUGAAGAACACUUCCAGAGAGUUACUCAAGCUUUGGUUAUGAGACUAAGGCAGCAUGAAGAGUCAGUCAAGAAAGAUGGCGAUGGUUUGGCUGGCAUGAAGCAAGGGGAUCUUAUCAUUUGGUAUGUUGAGCAGCAGAAUGCCAAAGGGGCAUAUAGUUCUACUGCAGAGGUGAAGGAAGAAGUGAAGUGUAUCAAGGCCAUUAUAGAGAGACUUAUCCAGCGGGAAGGCCAUCUUAUAGUCAUUGAUGAAGGCACAGCAGCCGCAGCCGAAGAUGGCAGUGGCGCGAGAAGAACAUCAGAGAGCAGAAUAUUGGCAGUUAACCCGAACUAUGUUGUUGAUUAG